CGCCGCCUCUCGCGCCCUGGCUGUGUUUGUGCUGGCAGACAAGUACGGCAGCGACCCGGCAGCGGAGGACUGCCGUACACUGACUGCCGUACUGGCUGUAGCGCAGUUUGUACGGCAGUUCGGCCCUAGCAGCGGUGCGGGUGGUAGCAGGGGGGAAGGCAGCUGGGGCCGAAGCCGUAGGGGACCCCGCGGUCGGGGGGAUGAUGAGGGGUAUGCGGAGGCGGAGGAGGGAAAUGAGGGGAGCCAAGAUGAGGAGGUGGAGGAGGAAGACGAGGAGGCGCGAGUGGAGGGCUGGCAAAGCACGCACUGGCGGACGAGGUGGAACCUGCUGCCCCCCCGCCGCCCCCCGCGCAUCGUGGCCCAGUUCCUGCUGCGCACCUCCCCGGGCAGUGCGGUGGGGCUGAUGGGGCCACCGCAGCAUCACCUGCAGCUGCACCACCUCCACCACCUGAACCUCCGCCACCUGCACCACCACCCGACCGAGCUGGGUCUGCUGCCGCUGAGGACGCCGCCCUUCCCCUUCUGCGUGGGCUCCCUGCGCGCCGGCCUGCUGGGCGGCUGCCUGCACACCCCGGGGCUGGCGGCGCUGCUGGGCAACCUGUGCGUCAGCGCGCGCAUGCGGCGGGGGCGGCUGGGGGGCGGGCAGGAGGACCUCAGCAUGCUGACCGACUGCGGCUGGCUGCCCGAGUACCUGCAUGGAGCCGCCACGCACAUACACGAGGUCACGUUCCCGGGGCCCUACUGGGGGCGCUCCUUCAGGGCCGCAGCGCUGAAGCUGUGGCGGGAGGAGCGUGUGGUGCUGAUUGGGCUGCGCUCCCCCCAUGCGGUGCAGGGGGCCGGAGGGGAGGAGGAG